AAAUCAAGCGAACUACCGGGACUCUUUGGCUACUGUUUAUGUCCACAGACAAGUGCUUGAGCAGUAAAUGUAGCAUUUCAAGCUAACUAACGAAUUUAAACGACAACGACAGUAACGAUCACAGGUUUGUAGCUCGCAGCAGACUUUCAGUUUCGACAACAGUUCGGUGGACGUGUUAUCUUUCACUCACCUGUGCUUGAACGGGGAGUCACAGAGCGGUUAGCUAGCUUCCUACUCACUUCAGCCGCUGCGACAUGUCAGAGUCCGGCCACAGUCAGCCCGGCAUGUACGGGCAGGGACGCAGGAGGAGGCGACGUCGGGGAGACAGAGAUGCUGGACCGCCGGGGCAAAAUCUGUCCGGUCCCAGUCGAGAUCGAGAAUACCAACCGAGAGAACGAAGGGAUGGGAGCGAGGAUCCACCAGGCCCUCUCAUUCAGAAGACCCCCAUCAUUCUUGCAAAACCUCCAGGGGAGAGGGCUAAGCCAUCCCAGAAUGCACCCAUCACUGGAGCGCCGGUCCUGGAGAAGCCCAUCAUGCUGAUGAAAGCCAGAGAUGAUGCAGGGAAGCCAGGGACUCCCCCAGAGGCAGCAGCUCAGUCCUCUGGUCCUGGACCAUCCAAGAUGGAGAGGGAAGGCCAGCGUCCCACCCAGCCAGUAUACCAAAUUCAGAACAGAGGAAUGGGUGCUUCUGCAUCAAGUAGUGCUGUGGACCCCAUGGUUGGCCAGUCCAAACUCCUUCCUCCAGAGAAGAUGAAGCACAGCAUCAAGCUGGUGGAUGACCAGAUGAACUGGUGUGACAGUGCCAUGGAGUAUUUGAGGGACCAGACGGACAUGUUGGUGGUGGGAGUCAUCGGCCUGCAGGGCAGCGGGAAAUCUACGAUCAUGUCACUGUUGUCUGCCAACACUCCUGAGGAGGAUCAAAGGAGUUACGUGUUCAGAGCCCAGACUCAAGAAAUUAAGGAAAGAGGAGGAAACCAGAGCACAGGCAUUGAUUUCUUCAUCACUCAGGAGAGAGUCAUCUUCUUGGACACACAACCAAUGCUCAGCCCUUCUAUCCUCGAUCAUCUUAUAAACAAUGACCGGAAGUUGCCUCCAGAGUACAACCUUCCUCAUACAUACGUUGAGAUGCAGUCCCUUCAGAUCGCCGCCUUCCUGUUCACAGUGUGCCACGUUGUGAUCGUGGUUCAAGACUGGUUCACCGACCUAAACCUCUACAGGUUCCUUCAGACUGCUGAGAUGCUGAAACCAUCCACUCCGUCAGCGAGCCACGACAGCUCCGGCUCUUCAGGCAGCGACGACGGAGCAGAAUAUUAUCCUCAUAUAGUGUUCCUCCAGAAUAAGGCCAGACGGGAUGAUUUCUGUCCAAGAAAUCUGAAGAACAUGCAUAUGGUGGUGGACAAGUUAAUGGCUCAUUCUCAUCUCAAAUACAAAGGUACUCUGUCCAUGCUAGACUGCAAUAUCUUCCCAGGCCUGGGGCAGGACUAUCUGGCACCCGAGGUCAACAUGUUCUUGCUCCCAGUGCAGGAGAACGAUGGGGAGGAUAAUCUAACCAAAGCAGGCUCAGGAACGUACCCCCUCUUCUCUCUGCUCCCUGGCUACAGAGGACACCCGUCCUUCUCCACCAUGGUCUCAAAACUCCGCAGCCAAAUACUGGCCAUGCCCCGCUGUCAGCUGUCACACACCAUUCUCACCGAGAAAAACUGGUUUCACUACGCAGCUCGUAUCUGGGACGGAGUGAAGAAGUCCUCGGCCCUCUCCGAAUACAGCCGUCUGCUCUGCUAACACCUGGCUUCAAAAGCUGUGAUACACAAGAUAGAACCUUCUAUAGCCGGGCACAGAAAGAGAAACGUGUCUGCAAAUGGAGGCCGUCGUUUGCACCCUACAGGGCUACAGGAGGGACAAGUCAAACUGGAGUUAAAGAAUGAUAACGGCUCAGUUCAGCCUGAUGGGAUGUUGAAUUACAUAAAUGAUUCAGAUCCAUUGUGCUCCAUGUCAGAAAGCUGCCCUCAGGAAAUGCAGUGUUCUCCAACACAACUGCAUCCUGUGCAGCAGCGGUCCAGUAAAGUUCUCUGGAGGAUGAGAUGAUAUUUUUAUGAGCUAGCCAUUAUUCAUAGCGCGUGACUGCAGUUUUGGUGUACUGGUGGUUUUCUGAGAUGAAAAUACAACCUUCUGUAAGUUAUUUUUUAAUAUCGUUAAAAUGUAAAUAAAAUAUGAGUACGGUCAUUUACUCAGAACUAAAAAGAAGCUCAAGUGAAAUAUUU